CUGUCUUGAAGCCCUCCGAGCCUAUGCCGGACUUUGCAGUUACGGUAGAAGGGCCCAGCUUCGACGAAGCCAUAACUCUAGAGAAGUUGCUUGACAGCUACAAGCGCAUCGGCUUCCAAGCAAAUAGCCUGGGAAGGGCUAUCGAAAUUGUGAACAGGAUGCGAUCUUGGAGACUGUCCGACGAAAAUGUUGCUGAAGACGAAGAUGAGGAAUUCCGCGAUCCCGAAGCCAGGAAGAAGGUCAAGUGUGACGUAUUCCUGGGCUACACGUCAAACCUCAUUUCUUCAGGUCUGCGAGAAAUUAUCUUGCACCUCGUGAAGCACAAGCACGUACGAGCCGUCGUGACCACAGCUGGGGGCAUCGAAGAAGAUUUCAUCAAAUGCCUAGGCAAGACUUAUCUGGCUGACUUCAACCUAGACGGUGCCGAUCUGCGCAAGCGAGGCAUGAACCGUAUUGGCAAUCUCAUAGUGCCCAACGACAAUUACUGCAAGUUCGAGGAUUGGCUCACGCCUAUCCUGGAUACUAUGCUUGCAGAACAGAAAGAGACCGGUCAAGUCUGGACUCCUAGCUCUUUCAUUCGUCGAUUAGGCAAGGAGAUAAACAACGAAGAGUCUGUAUAUUACUGGGCUUAUAAAAACGAUAUUCCCGUUUUCUGUCCUGCUUUAACGGAUGGCUCGCUGGGCGACAUGCUGUACUUCCACUCAUUCAAAAACCCCGGGCUUAUCGUUGAUAUCGUGCAAGAUAUUCGCAAUUUGAACGAGCUUUCAAGACGUUCCCGCAAAGCAGGCAUGAUUAUUCUUGGCGGCGGUGUUUGCAAGCAUCAGAUUGCCAAUGCCAUGCUGAUUCGUAACGGAGCCGACUAUUCCGUUUAUAUUAACACCGGUCAAGAAUUUGAUGGCUCAGACUCCGGGGCUCGUCCAGAUGAAGCUGUCUCAUGGGGCAAGAUACGUGCCGGCUCAGAGUCCGUCAAGGUCUACGCCGAUGCUACUUUAGUAUUCCCUUUGCUGGUGGCGGCUACUUAUGGCCGUAAUGUGUCAAUACAGACGUAGUAGAGAAAUCCGGUACCGAGAUAUAUUAGGGCCAUACGUCUUUGAUAUGACACAAUCAAACUAACGUUUGUAGAGCACUGAGAUCCUGCCAGGAUAAAUAUCGAAGAUUCAG